UCAACCAGCAGUUUAUGGUAAGAGUAGAAUUAUGUGAAGGAUGGCUGCUGACCGAGUAAACUUUGGGUAAAUGAUUGGUGAGGUCAGAUCUGGCCUACACAGCGUGGGAGGGAUCUUUUCUGUCUUUGAUCUGGUGGAAAGUCAUGUGACCCAAAUACUUUGUCUCUGACAAGACUGAAGGAUGUGGUGCUUUUUAGAAGCAAUGACUUAUACAAUACACAAUACCUUUACACUAAAAGUUCAUUGCAGUCUGAUGAAAUGUUUCACAAGUGUUAUAUGUUCUUUUGCAGUUUAGUACCAAUCUGUGCUUUAUUUACUGGACUGCAUUACUGCCCCCUUUAAGCAGGAAGACUCAGACACCAGCUGAUAUUGGAGGGUGUAGUUGAUCAUUAACAAGCAGCUCCAAUUUAUUUUGAACAGUGAUGCUGUCGGGUAGCACUUUACUUCCUUCUAGGAGACAGUGACUACCUGUCCACUGCUGUUUGGAACUCAACUAUGCACCCCCACCACAGCUCUCAGUCCAGACUGGACCAUCUCCCCUCUGAAGGUCCAGUGGGUCCUAGUCACCCCAGGUCACCCAGAUCUCUGGUGCGCGCGACUGAUCAGUCAGCAUCAACAUAUAUGAGCUUCCCCAAGGAAUCUACACAGUCAUGUCCAUCCACAAGCCGAGACUGGCACUGUCCGGUCUGCCUGCAGACGGCCAGCUUCCCAGUCCAGACGAACUGUGGCCAUUUGUUCUGCGCUCCCUGUCUGAUCGCCUACUGGAGACAUGGGUCCUGGUUGGAUGCAAUCAGCUGCCCUCUCUGCAGACAGAAGGUCAGUGUGUUGUGUAAUCUAUUUAACGAGAGUCGAUCGGACCAGUCAAAGGAAGUUCUUGGGGAAAUCACAGACUACAACAAACGCUAUUCUGGAACCCCGCGAAGGGUAAUGGAUUACCUGUGUGACGCACCCCUCCUCCUGCAGUUACUGGCCCGAGGCCUGGGCACCAUGGGAGGACUCGUGUGGCUGUUUUUCUUCAGAGUGGCCCUGUGCUGCGUGGGGACUGUGGUGUCCAUUUCCUCCCCUCCUCUUGCCCCUGUCUCCUCAUCAGGAAACCCCUUGGAGGCAGACUCCUCCCUCUGUGGACUGCUGGGGGUCCUGGAUGACCUCGUGGUGGUCAUCCUGCUCCUUAUCUGUGUCAUCAACAUUAACCAGCGAAUGGCACCAGAGAGUAGAGAACACUCAACACAUGCUACAACCCCACAAGGAGUAAUUGGGAGUUCACUGUAGACAGAUGCUGCUGGAGAGCAUCAGUACAAGCUGUUUGACAUGGACUUUCAUUGGAUUUUUUUUCCUUCUGGCUGAAGCUAGUUGGAUUAGUGGACGCAAACAUAUUGACAACAGCGUAACAUGCAACGGUUGAGAUGUUAGACGGCAUCUGAGCCUCUCAGACGGUUUGUCAAGUGUUUACAGAGUACUCUUAUCUAAAAUACAAUGCCAUGCAGUGUGCUGGUUCAGCUGCAGUCACAAAUCCUCAUUCCUUAAGUUCUUGAGGCCUAAAGUGCUUGUGGCUGGGAGCAAAAUAUUCAGCGUCAAUUUAAAAUUGCAAUUUGAUCCUUUAUAUUUUAAUCAUAAUCCAUUUUUUGCAUCUUUAGAAAGAAAAAAAUGGUAAUGUUUUUUAAUCCUUUUUACCACUUUCUAUCUGCAAGCUCAACAUAAGCGGUCACGUCAGUACUGUUAUAUUGACAUCUAUGUAAAUAGUUGAUAUUGUAUGAAUUAGUUUUUAUGUGUAAAAUAAAGAAUAUUUAUUGUCUUA